CUUCCGACACACGUUGCACGCGCCUUCUCAAUCUCACAUUCGGAGCCGGUUUGAUCACCCGCCGGAGAUCCACCGGCAUCUUCUCUAAACGGCUCUGGCGAAUAAGUGUGUCUCGGCGUUUCUACUGCUGGAGGACGAUAGGGUUUUUUUUUGCAAGUAAACGUAGGAAUUUCCCAAGCGAAAGGUUUAAUUUUUGAGCUCCAGAUUGAACGAACUAACCUGUUUCUUCGAUCUCUCUUGUUUCCUCUCCAAACAGCGCAAUGGAGAAAACAGACGAAGAGAGGAAGAAGGCUCAAAUGCUGGACGCUCGGGCCAGAAACAUCAGCCACAAUGUUCGCUGUACUGAGUGUGGAAGUCAGUCCAUUGAAGACUCGCAGGCAGAUAUCGCUAUUCUCCUUAGACAGCUCAUCCGUGAUGAGAUAGGAGCUGGAAAAACUGACAAAGAGAUCUACAAUAAGCUUGAGGAUGAGUUUGGGGAGACGGUGCUUUAUGCUCCAAAAUUUGAUUUGCAGACCGCGGCAUUGUGGCUAACACCGGUUAUAAUUGCUGGAGGUACCGCUGCAGGGUUGGUUUACCAGAAGCACAGGCAGAGAACAAAUGUACACAUCAUGGCGUUGAACCUUAUAAGAGGUGUCCCAUUGACUCCAAAAGAGAGAGUAACCAUUCUUGAUGUUCUUAUCCCACCUCCCCCUCCUUCUCAGGGAGUGGCUUCCCGGUUGAGGAGAUGGCUAAACCGGUAGUUUCCAUGUCUCCUUAGCUCUCUUAUUCUGGCUCAAAUCUUAUCGCGUUUGUCAAAUAAACAAUGUGUUGAAGGAUUGAGUACACAUUGAUUAGGAGAAACAGAUAGGGACUGCUGCUUUGCAUCCAUUGCGAGCAAUUUUCUUUCCUAUAAAGUUGAAAAUGGAUUCUUCCAUAGGAAUAUCUUGGAAUGAGAUAUGUAAGAAAAAAAAAAACAUAACUGAAAGUCUGAUACUUGUUGUAUGUUUCUUUACGCUGGAAUUGAGAACAGAGAGCGCAUUGUUGUUAGUACA